UGUGGUGGUGGUGGGUGUGGGGUUUUGGGGUUUUGUGAAUUGAUGAGAGAGAGAGAGAGAGAUAAAGAGCAACACGGCAUUUGUUUUGACUAAUAAGUUGGACUUGGAUUCCUACUUACGUUGAUUGGUGCCAUCUUUAUCCCCUUCUUUGUCACUUUUGAUUAAACAACUAGUUUGUGUCUGUGUCUGUGUUCUUCUCUCCACCCCAUUUCAUGAAGCUCUUGUUUUCCUUUUCCUAGACAGAGAGAGGGUGGAAGGUUCUCUCUUCCCACCUCAGCCAUGGCUCCACCUGGGAAGGUUUCUGAGUUUUGCAGCGAAGGCAAUGAUUGGUUUUGCAAAGCGCGAUUGCUGAGUGAUAUAACUGUCGUGGUGGAUGGCGUGAACUUCCACCUUCACAAGUUUCCUCUCAUAUCAAAAUGUGGGAAGAUAUCACAUAUGUAUGAAGAGUUCGAAAGCACAAGCAGGAGCAUUUUCACUGCAGUUCUGGAGGAACUUCCUGGUGGCCCUGACAUGUUCCUGAUUGCAGCUAAAUUCUGCUAUGGUAUGCGAGUGGAAUUGACUCCAAGAAAUGUAGUGAUGGUGUACUGUGCAGCGGACUACCUUGAAAUGACAGAUGAGUAUGGAGAAGGAAACUUGCUCUCAAAGUCGGAGAGUUUCUUCCAUAACAAUGUACUUCACAACUGGAAAGACUCUAUCUUGGCUCUUCAAAGUUGCGAGCCUGUUAUCCACUGGGCAGAAAAGCUUCACAUAGUAAACAAGUGUAUAAAUGCUAUAUCAGUGAUGGUUUGUACAGAUCCUAGUUUGUUUGGAUGGCCCAUGAUGAUGUAUGGUAGCUUACAGAGUCCUGGUGGAAGCAUCCUGUGGAACGGAAUUAACACCGGAGCGAGAAUUCGAAGCUCUGAGUCUGACUGGUGGUUUGAAGACAUCUCAUACCUCAGUGUGAGUUUGUUUGAGAGGCUUAUGAAGGCAAUGGAAACAAGGGGCAUUAGACCUGAAAACCUAGUGGGUGCUGUAAUGCACUAUGCCAGAAAGUACCUACCUGGCCUAGGACGAUGGCAGGGUGGACAACAUGGUAUACCCAGAACAGUUACAAGUUUCAGUUUGACACCCAUUGCCCUUGAUCAAAAGGUAGUUUUAGAAAGCAUUGAAAAACUUCUUCCCCGAAAGAAGGGGAAAUCGUUUUGCCGUUUUCUACUUGGUCUUCUUCGUGUUGCAUUAAUAUUGGGUGUCAGUCAAACCUGCAAGGAUGCUUUGGAGAGGAGAAUAGGGAUGCAGCUGGAAUUGGCAACCCUAGAUGGUCUUCUAAUUCCUACUUAUUCAGAUGCUGACGCAUUGUACGAUACUGACUGUGUUGAACGGAUAAUCCAUCAUUUUAUGUCGUCAGAAUCAAAGGUUACACCACUUUCUCUGUCAUCUGUCAACAUGGAAACAUCACCUUCGUCAAGACCUUUACAGAAAGUUGCGAAGUUGGUAGAUAGCUAUAUUGCGGAGGUUGCUUCAGAUGUGACUUUAAAACCAGGAAAGAUACGCUCUCUUGCAGAGGCCCUCCCGGAAUCUUCAAGAACUUUAUAUGAUGGGCUGUAUAGGUCGCUGGAUAUAUACUUCAAGGCACACCCUUGGCUCACAGAUAAAGAGAAGGAAGAUCUCUGCAGCAUCAUCGACUUCCAGAAGCUAUCUAUUGAUGCCUGUUCCCAUGCAUCCCAAAAUGAAAGGUUGCCACUCAGAGUUGUUCUUCAAGUACUGUUCUUUGAGCAGAUGCAUUUGAGAACGGCUCUAGCUGGUUGUCUUCAUGGCUUGGAAACUCAUAGUGGCCCUGCAGGUCCUACGACUGUCCAAGGUGACAUGACUGGCCAGAUUAUACAGAGGGAUGGGUGGGUGACUAUGGUGCGUGAGAACCGGGUUCUAAAGGUGGAUAUGGAAAAGAUGAGAUCUAGAGUCGGUGAACUCGAAGAAGAGUUCAGUCAAAUAAAGCAAGAGAUGAAAAAGGUGAGCAAAUCACACAGCUCCCUCAGUUCUCCUCGUGUGGUUGGCAGGAGAAUUGGGUGCAGUCUUCUUUCACAACCAUCUGAUGCUAAACCAGAUGCUAUUCAAAGUACGCGGCCCUCCCCAAGAUCAUCAGUUGAGCAGGGACGCCCUUCGACCUUGCAUAUUAGACACAAAAAAAGUUCCUCGUUGUUUUGAGAGCCAGUCUAUAAGCAAUUGAAGUCUGCCUCAGUACGUAGAGGCUCUGGUUGGUUAACAGAAAGUACCCGAGCAAGGAAUGGAUGGUUCAUGCGUACUCAACAGCCUCGAAACAAUUCCAUGUUUUUGAGAAAGUUUAUUUUCUUCAUAUUUCUGUUAACCAACCAGAAUAGUUUCCGAGUUAUAGGGCAACGGUUGGAACUUGGCCAAUAUCAGGAGGAACCAUUAUAUUUUAAGAAGUUACUCUUACCUUACCUGUUACAGGAUGCUAGUCCCAUCCGAGAUUCGAAAUCAGAAAUCUGUGCUCUGCAUCUUGAUACGGAGGUUUGUUACACGUAAAUACACCUUGUUUUACACGGAUUUUUUUUUUUUUUUCAAUUAGCAUGUUUAUGGGUUUAUACAUGUACAUGUUUAUGACCCGAAUUGUAACUUAUAGGUUGUGAAAUAGUGGAAAAUAUUGGUAAUAUAUGAAUUUGAAUUUGUUUGCCUUCC